AUUUGUAUAUGUCAAAGUAUGUAAAUAUAUAUAACCGAAUUUCACAUAAAUAUAAUUAUACAAGAGCGCAUACUAAAACGUACGGUAUAUACCGGAGUGACAACACGGCCAUUAGUAGGCUUGGACGAAAACAAAACAAGGAAGAAAACUGAGCAAGCUGUGGUUUCGAGAAUUGUCGUCAAGAUCGAAGAAUCUUCUGUGAGAGAAUGUCUGUGUUUACAUAUGAAGACUACACUGGUAAUGUGUAUAGGCUUAGAAAAAGAAUUCUAGUAACAAUUUUCUCACAGCCUUUUCCGCUGAAUGCAGGAGAUGAUCGUUACCUAGAGAAAAGAAUGAUGGAAGAUAGGCAUGGGUAUAGAUCAGACGUAGACGCAGGCUAUUUACAAGAUCUUUUUAAAAGAAUUCAUUAUCCAGAAACUGCAGAUGUUCGACUAAAGAAUCGCCUUAGAAAAGAUGAAAUCAAACAAUAUAUAAAAGAUUUAGGUAGCUCACAAGAAUGUCUAGAGUAUGACACUUUCUUCUUUGCUUUUCUCACUUACCUUUCAUGUGAGAACACUGGCAGCACAGUUUACAGGGAUGAGAGGAUCCAUCUUGACGAUGGGUUGUGUCCUCUGCAGGAUAUAUAUGACGAAGUGAAGAAUGUCGAAGCAAUGAGAAUGAAACCAAAGGUUUUUCUGAUACAGGCCGAUGACAUAAGCUUGCUCUUUCCAAUACAGUAUAUCAAAGGUGAGAAGAUUGUGAAACCUUUAAAGAUCCCUCAAGACGCCGAUCGACUGGUAAUCAUGUCUGAUAUUCCCCAGAGGUUUGCGAACCGCAGUCGCGAAACAGAGGAGAAAAAUCCGUCAUUCUUAAUCAAAGCCUUUUGUGACAGUCUGGUGGAGAACAGUCAGCGUAGUACAGAGAACAGGCUUGAUUUAUUAUCAUUAACAACCGUGAUAAACAACAAGGUAAGGGUAAGGAUUGGAGAACUGAAUAAAGCUGGCGUAGAAAGAGCCAAAGAUAUGCAUGUUCCACUUGUUACAUCUACACUGACAAAAUUAGUCACAAUUUGAAAACGAAUACUGACAGAGCUUGUCAUAGAUAAUGAAGUGACUCGAGUUGAAUUGGGAAUAUUAAUCGAUGUUCAGUCAGUGUUUUAUAGAUUUGGAGUUUGUUUCAGUAUAAACUGACAGCACCAGAAAAAAAUGUGAACAAUUAAGAACACACCCUUACCCCCUGUACGGAUGUCAUCUAGUUGUUGUGCAAUACAAAACUGUGUUUUACGAAUACAUUAGGCAAAGACUUGGGUGAUUUCUGGCAUUUUACUGAUACCUUAUGAAUAAGUAACUGUUGUAAAUUAAAUGUGCGUAACUCGCCAAUGUAAACCAUGUUGUGAUUGUGACUUGCCUACUUUUUGUCUGUGUAACUGUAUGUGACAGAAUGAUGUACACGUAUAUCAGUUUUAGAAUUACAUCUAUAGAUAAGGAACACGUUUUGAAAGAAAUUACGUACUCAUCAAAGACAUUGCCCAGAGAAUAACGUGAAGAAAAAAACACACACACACACACACACAUAAAUGUACACAAGUAACUAUUUAUCUAUUUGCAUAUUGUAAAGGACAUCCAGCCCAUUACGUGUAAAAUGUUUUUGACUUAAAGUGUAUAAUAUAAGGUUAUGCAAAUCGUGA